CAAAUUACUCUUAAUUUUAUUCAAAAUUUGCAAUUUUUUGUGAAAUAUUAAAAAAUAAAAUACGUUAAAACAAAAAUGGAAAAAUGGGUGCGCGAUACCUUGUCCAAAUGCUUAGAUUGCAUGGUGACAGACCAAAUGCUGGCUGCAAUAUUAAAUAUUAAAGAUGACUACGAGUUCGACAAUUACUUUGGCAACCUGCUGAGUGAGGAGAAUGAGGAGCAUCGAUUGUUUUUGCUCAACUGCCGGCGCAUGUUGCUCAGCGGCAAGCAAGCUCGCAACACAACGAAAUCAAGGAAUAGCCCCCAGACGCCCACGAAAUCUUCUCCACAAACUACACAGAAGCAAGGCGGAGGUGCUGCUAAGAAGCAAGUCAAAUAUACCAAUCUUUAUGCCAGCGAUGGCAAAGUUAUUGGUGACACAAUAUUGCUCAAAGGUCGUCGCAGCUGUGACUGCCAGGCCUCACAGCAUAAACUAAUCAAUAACUGCAUGGGCUGUGGGCGCAUUGUCUGCUUCCAGGAAGGCAGCGGGCCUUGUCUAUAUUGUGGCGAACUUGUUUACACGCCUGAGGAGGAGCAGCAAAUGGCCAAACAACAGAAGUCGUCCGCAGCCUCGAGCUCGAAAUCAAAUGCAAAAGGGAAGAAACAACCACAACAACAACAAGCCAAGGCUAACAAGGAUGUGGCUGCACUCCAGCAAGCCCUGGCACAACGUGAUCGCUUGCUGGAAUACGAUCGCAAUAGCGAGAAACGCACAACGGUCAUCGAUGAUGAGUUGGACUACUUUCAGGAGAACUCGGUGUGGCUGACGGAUGCAGAACGUGAGAAGUACGAGCGCCUGAAGAGCGAGAUGCAUGAAAUGAAGCAUGGCAGUCGGAUUAAGCGCAAAAUAAAAGUGGAUUUCGCGGGGCGGGAGCUGCCUGAAGAGUUGCCCGUAACCCAAGAGUACGAGCAGCAAGUGCUGCGCGAACUAGCAGCCGUGAGCAAGACGGCGAAUGUGGCACAAUCGACACUCACCGGUCGCUCAUCGAUGAUUUUGGCGCCCAACUUGGACAUGGCGAAGCCACCAUUGUUUAAGCCCAAUAAAGCGGCUAUGAAUAACUUGCCAGCCCAGCAGACACAUGAUGGUCUUGAGCGCAUCUACAAUCGUGUGCAGGACAAGGAACUGCUUGAAAUGCAGGACAUGCGUCAGUGCCUGUCUAUGCACCAGCCUUGGGCGUCCCUGCUGGUGGCGGGCAUUAAAAAGCACGAGGGUCGCGUCUGGUACAGUGAACACCGUGGCCGUUUAUGGAUUGCCUCCACAGCCAAAGAGCCUCAUGCCGAAGAUAUUGCGCAGAUGGAGGAAUUCUAUCGUCAGCUAUAUAAUAAUCCUAAGCUCAAGUUUCCUACACACUAUCCCACAAGUAGCCUGUUGGGCUGCGUGCAUGUGGACAGCUGCCUGCCACAGGAGGAAUAUCGGGAACUGUUCCCAAACGGUGAAUCGGAUAGUCCGUAUGUAUUUGUGUGCACCAAUCCUGAACAGCUACCAUUGCUGCUGCCCGUGCAGGGCGAGCACAAAAUAUAUGAGCUACCGCUGAAGACCCACAAUGCCGCCUGCAAAACCCUUCUGCGCGCGAGGACCACUAAAGGCUGAGGAUCACUCAACCAACCAUUCCAUUUAUAACCACUUGUCAGCUUUUUCAAUCUACUAGCAAUAUUACGAAUUUUAAGAGAUGCAAAUUCCUUAACAUGCGGAGACUACGCUGUUGGCUUACAGUUGUAUAUACGAGCCCUAGCCGCUAUUAAUUGGUACGGCUACGUUUUUUUCGAUAGUGCAACUUUCAAUGACUUGUAUUUCUUUUUAGGUGAUUAUUGCCCAAACAUAUGAAUUAGUUUUAAAUCCAUAUCUAUCUAAUAAUAAUGCAAAAAAAAAAAAAAAAAACAAUUGAAAUAAGACAACUUCAUAAUAC